AUGGCCCCCAUCAAAGCUGCCAUCAUUGGCCUCUCCGCCUCUGCCAAAACCGCUUGGGCUUCCCGUGCACACCUUCCGUAUCUCUUCUCACCAUUGGGCCGCUCCAAGUUUGAAGUUGUUGCCCUCCUCAACUCGUCAACCGAGGCCGCCCGCGCGGCGAUUAAAGCAUACAACCUGCCCGCUUCUACCAAGGCAUACGGUACGCCCGAGGACCUGGCUGCUGACCCGGAAGUUGAGCUCGUCAUCACCAACACCCGGGUCGACAAGCACCUCGAGACUGCUCUUCCCUCUGUCAUCGCUGGCAAGGAUGUCUACAUUGAGUGGCCUCUUGCUGCUAACACCAUCGAAGCUAGGACUUUGGCCGACGCGGUGAAGCAGCAUGGUGGCUUAGGCAUCGUAGGUUUGCAGGGGCCUCUGGGCCCCUUACCAAAAAAGCUCAGAGAGGUCAUCUCUAGUGGCAGGAUCGGAGAGGUCUUGAGCUCGGAGCUCAGGGCUAACGGCGGGAUUGAUGGGCGGGGUGUUAUUCCGGCUUCGCUGUCGUACUUUACCGAGAGAAAGGUUGGGGGAUACGUCUACACUAUUGGAUUUGCGCACCAGUUUGAUCUUGUUCAAUCCGUCCUUGGAGAUUACAAGACCGGCCCCGACGCACCACAGGGCUUCCUGCAGAUCCAGCGGCCCCAAGUCAAAGUCAUUGGCGAGGACAAAACUGUGGUGGAAACUGUCACUUCCGACACGCCCGAUCUCAUCUUUGUGCACGGCUAUGUCGAUUCGGGCGCCAGCUUGCACUUCAAGUUUCGCGUUGACCCGCCUUUCCCUUCUGACCCUGCUCUGGUUUGGACCAUUGCGGGAACCAAGGGUGAGAUUAGGGUUGUGGCACCGAGCUCGACAUUCAUCCACAUUGGCAAUGCCGCUGAUCCUCAGAAGUUCGAGGUUCAUGACUUUGAGACGGAUACGGUUGACGAGGUGGAGUGGGACUUUGAAGAUUGGCAGAAGGAACUGAAUCUCCAGGCAAGGAACAUUGGAGCUAUUUAUGAGGAUUACUACGAGGUGAAGAGGAAUGGCAAACAGAAGACGUUUGUAAGCUUUGACGAUGCGCUGAAGCGUCACGAGCAGUUGGAGGAUAUUUUGGCAAAUGGUUUGAAGCAGUGA